AUGCGUCGCCUCCUCUUAUCCCUGGCACUGUCUGCCUCGCUACUCAUUCUCCUCCUCAAAGCUCUCCAUGUCCAAGCCUCUCACCAACCCACCCCAUCAGUUCUCCCCAAUAGCCCACCUCUUCCCUCUCACACACCCAACCCAUUCCAUCCCCUCCAUCUAACCGAAUGCACCUCUACAACCCCACCCUACUACGCACCAUGUUUAGCACAAACCCUCCCCCACGCCGCAUCCGGCAAAGAACUCCUCUACCCAGCAUUCACCACAAGUCCUCCACUCUUCGCUGCAUCCCGUCCCCACGAUGCCGAAACAUGGUGGAACACAACCUGGCUACUACGUGAUCGGGCCUACAAACUCGACACCCGACUACGCUACCCUGAAAAACACGGCCAGAUCUAUGUAUUUGAAAACGUGACUCUCUCCACCUCAACACCAUUCGAUAAAUGGUCUAUGGACUCGUGCAUGUCGAGUUUCGCCCCAACAUCCUAUGUCCUACCCAGCAGCAACACACCCACACAUGAAAGUGUUCUACUAGCCAAUAUCCCAGACUCCUGGUCACUGCAGCAUUUUCUCGACCGGGCUAUGCGCGUGGUUGCUCAAUCGCGCGACUACCAACCGGGGUAUGUGGCUAUUGGGCGGGGGGGUGAUAAAUCCGUCAAGGAGUUAUGGCAAUCCCUCGGAUAUCCAGAGCAGCAUGUUCUGCAUCGCGAUACGAGUUUCGUGGCAUCACAGAUGAUAUGGAGCUGUCGUGCACCGCUCGUUCAUCCUUGGCUAACACAUCAAUCACUCUCGUUACUUGCUCCGGACAGUCUCCACCAUGUACCUCUAUCCGACCGCAAAGUAAUCUUAUACAUGACGCGAUCAAACGGUCUCACCCGCAACGGAGGCAGACAGGUCCUCAACGAGGAUACCCUCCUUGUGGGGAUUCAAUCCGUGCUUGACAGAAGAGGACAGAAAGAGAAACUGGAGAUUUUCAACCACGGUGACUUUUCCGACAUGGGGACAUUUAUAAGGUAUCUGCAGCAAAACGUGAAAGCAGUGAUUGGGCCUCAUGGAAGUGCCCUACAUAAUCAUUUCUGGACUGCCUCGGAUACACUGGUUGUGGAGUUCCAGCCGACUUCGAGACCGGAUUUGACGUUUUAUGAGAGUGCCAAGAUGCGGGAUCAUCCGUAUGUUGUCCUGAUGGAGGAGCCGGUGGAUGAGAUGCAUAAUAUGUUGGUGGAUGUGGGUGCUGUGGUUGAGAUUCUUGAGGAGAGAUUGGGGAGGGAGUUGGAGAUGGGGGAUAGGGUUAGGUUGGCGUAUGAUUGGGAGGCAGACGAGUUGGGGAUUAAUUAA